CUUUCUGCCGCGAGUCCCGCGGCCCCCGAUCCUCGUGUGCAGGGCGAGGUCUGUAAACUGGAGUGGGGUAGGAGCUGGCGGGCACCCCCUCCUGACCGCCGGUGCCGCCGCCUUCAGGAGGAUCAGACAUGGCCCAGAACUUAAAGGACUUAGCGGGACGCCUGCCCGCCGGGCCUCGGGGCAUGGGCACGGCGCUGAAGCUGCUGCUGGGGGCCGGGGCCGUGGCCUAUGGCGUCCGCGAAUCCGUGUUCACCGUGGAAGGUGGUCAUAGAGCCAUCUUCUUUAACCGGAUCGGCGGCGUGCAACAGGACACAAUCCUGGCCGAAGGACUUCACUUUAGGAUCCCCUGGUUCCAGUACCCCAUCAUCUAUGACAUUCGGGCCAGACCCCGAAAAAUCUCCUCCCCCACAGGUUCCAAAGACCUGCAGAUGGUGAACAUUUCCCUGCGGGUACUGUCUCGACCCAAUGCCCAGGAGCUCCCCAGCAUGUACCAGCGCUUAGGGCUAGACUAUGAGGAGCGAGUACUGCCGUCCAUUGUCAACGAGGUGCUCAAGAGCGUGGUGGCCAAGUUCAACGCCUCGCAGCUGAUCACCCAGCGGGCUCAGGUGUCCCUGUUGAUCCGGAGAGAGCUGACGGAGCGUGCCAAGGACUUCAGCCUCAUUCUGGACGAUGUGGCUAUCACCGAACUGAGCUUUAGCCGAGAGUACACAGCAGCUGUAGAAGCCAAACAAGUGGCCCAGCAAGAAGCCCAGCGGGCCCAGUUUUUGGUGGAAAAAGCCAAGCAGGAGCAACGGCAGAAGAUCGUGCAGGCCGAGGGGGAGGCCGAGGCUGCCAAGAUGCUUGGAGAAGCACUGAGCAAAAAUCCCGGCUAUAUCAAGCUCCGAAAGAUCCGGGCCGCCCAGAACAUCUCUAAGACGAUCGCCACCUCACAGAACCGCAUCUAUCUGACAGCCGACAACCUCGUGCUCAAUCUCCAGGAUGAAAGCUUUACUCGGUAAGAGAUGCCACUGUGCAGAGAACAGAGCAUCUACACUUGGUACUCGGGCUCUGGAAUCCACUGCAAUAGUCAUGGGGCCCUUGACAGUUUCUCUGAGAACACCAGAGUCAGAGAAGUAGGUGUGUCUGUCUGGUUGGCAGUUCCUAUGUUAGAUCCUCUAGGACUGACUUUAUGAAACAAAAUAGGAUUUCUUGUGUAAAAGGCACUUUAUUUAUAAAUAUUUUAAGUGAAAAGUGAUAAGCGAUGGCGUUCCAUGUUCUUGCUUGAGAACCUGGAUGCUGCUUCCCUGGUAAUGUGUCAGCACCACAGAAAUGGGGACCAAAAGAGCAGUCGUCAUGGGGGCUGGGGGAUAGAAGGGUCUACAGCAGCUGGGGCCUGAAGCUGACUAAUCAUAUUUAUCUCUUCUUUCUGUUUUCUGUUGACUCCAUGCCGUGCUGGCUGCAGGGGAAGGUAAGUGAUUGCAUCCUUGCUGCGGGGUACUGGGGGGCCACCUCUUCCCUGGACCUGUCUCUAUACCUCACCUCCCCACAGUCAGACCUUCAUUUGGGAAGAGGAGAUAGCUUGCACAUUUAUGUCCCCCAUAAUAUGAAAGUUUCCCCUUUGUUCUAUAGUGACAGCCUCAUUAAGGCUAAGAAGUGAGUUGUGGACAUCAAGAACUCUGCCAGCAGAGGAAUGGAUGCAUUUCUCAUCCAGUUUUGAGGAGCCGGCUAGGGAGGUCAAGCACAGCCCACCCUGACCCAAGUAUCAUGUGAUGGAUUCCUCUGUACUCGUCCUCUUGGAUUAAGGAAGACUGAAGACCAACCCUUUCAGAGGACUUUCUUCCUCCUUGUAUUGGCCUGAGGGAGGGGGGGAGACAGUGUGAUUUCUCAGUGACUUCCUACAGUGUUGUCCUUCCCCAGAGUGGGGGGAGAUAACCACCAUCCCAGAAGUUCUCAAUAAAAUUUUUAUUAAACUGAA